UCCAUUUAUAUAUAGGGCAAAGAAACUGAACUCAUUCGAUUAGUCUGAACCGUUCGUUACAUUGCUGCAGAUUAUAAAAUGAAAAGGCUUCUGUUGAUAACUCUGUUCGUGGUGGCCAUGAUUUCCUUGGCAUCGGGACAAUCAUCAUCCUGCAAUUUGCCUAGUUCUGUUGUGGGAAUUUGUCGUGCCCGAAUGCCGUCUUGGUCCUACAAUAAACAGAGCAAUUCAUGUAAAUUCUUCUAUUAUGGUGGUUGUCGCGGCAACGCUAAUCGUUUUCCAUCCAAAGAGUCGUGUGAGAGGCAGUGCGUGAAAAACAGGCGCGGUUAAGCUAACAAAGAGCUCUUAAUUUGAUGUUUGCCAGUUUUCUUGAAAGUAUUUAAAUAAAUUGAAGAACAUUAUUUAAUC